UUUUUACCAUCACCAAUUUCAUAACAAUCAACAUUAUCAAAUUUAAUAUUUAAUAGUCUUGUGUCUUCCUUCAAUCUAAUUAUUUAAAGUCAUUGAGUUAUAUAAACGCCCCAUUACCAGUUUUCAUGUUCAAUGUUUUGGGCCUAAGGCAGCUUUUCCUACCAUCUUGAAUAAAUUUAAUAAUUUGUUGUUUCCUCUUUCCCCAGCAAUUCACUCAUUGACUCAUCAUCGCACCAUCUUUGUUUUUAUUUUUCAAUUGUUAACUCUAUUUUAAUUGAUUGAUCAAGUAAACACUAUUCUGUCAACCUUUAACUUUCAUCUGUUAAUCGUUUUUCAAGUUUAACGUUUUCGCAUGCAUUAUUUUUCCUGUAUUGUUUGAACUUCAAAAGUAAACACUUUACCAUCAUUUAUCGUGCUAAUCAAUUCAAAUCACUCUUCGACAAACUUGAACUUCACCAUGUUCUAUUCAAUUUAAUUUCUAUUUACACCUUUACGUGCAAUAAAUAUUAUUUUCAGCAUUAACUCGCGACUCACACCUAUUGGAUCAUCGGAUAUUUAUAAUUGUAAAUCGACUUGUUGAGAAUCCUCUUUUAAAUCACAAUUUCACCAUACUCGGACUGUCCAUCAACUAUUGUGAAAACAAGAAUAUCUUUCAUUUCAAUUUUCAGCCUUAAUGGUAAAGUGAAACCCAAGAGGAAAAAAAUAUUUAUCAAAGGCCUUUCCAAUGUUUGAUUGAAUUCCAAGAUCAGAAAAGAAGCAAAUUGUUUACUCAAGGCAUCAUCAACAUUAGGGAAAUCAACGAAACCCUCGCUCCUGUCUAUGUCUAUGUCUAUGUCUAUGUCUAUCUGUCUUUCUCUCUCUGUCUCUCUUUCUCUCUCUCCUUCAUCUACUCAAACGCUCUCCCGUGUGUCUCCCUAAGUGCUUUAAUUUUCUUCCCCCUCUGACUCUCUUCUUCUCACGCUUUCUCUCCUUUGCUCUAUUCAUAUCUUCAUAUCUUUGUAUACAUUACUAGUUGAAAUGUUUGUCCCAGCAAUACAGCCCAGCCUUAGUGUGAAGCGAACCUAGUGCGAGCAAAGAUUCCCCUGUAGAUAGUGCAUGUCGAACACUCUUCUGUAAUCAUUCAAAUCGUCAACAACUAAAAAAGUUUAUCUCUCAAAGCCUAACCAUAUAUGUUUAAUGAUGUUUUAAUAAUGACAAUUGAAUAACAACUGGAUAGACUUGUUGCUCUGUGCUCAACGACUAGUUAAAUUUUGUUGUUUGUUUUUGUUGAUAAUAGCUUGUUGGUAUUCCUAUUUUCUGUAUCCAUCGACGUUCAAGUCUUGUUUUCGUUCUACAUAUGGAAAACCCUUAUGGUGUUUUGAAUCAUCCUAUUCCAUCCAAACGCACUAUCAUCCAUGAAGAAGAUGAUCAGCCAUCUUCAUCAUCCCCACCUCCGCUGCCACCACCACCAAGGCCUCGUAAAUCUUUGGAAAAAUUAAGAAAAGCCAAAGAGGAAAACAUUUAUGUUAAUUUGACCAAUGUAUCAUUUCAACAAAAUAAUGUUUAUGAUGAGCCUGUUAAAAGUUCGCCUCCUCCACCUUAUCCGCCUCCUCCUUUACCUCCUCGUAUUGCCACAAGAUUAAACAAGAGUCAUCAGGUUUUAGAACGAGUCUCAGAAAUAUCUACUGAAGGAUCAGAUGUGACUGAAGAAUCAUUGGAAAGUGUUGAAAGGUCCGGCGAAGAUACAGAGAAUAGGUCCGACGACAAUGACAUUGACAGUGAUGACAUACAUGGAGGUGAAGAAAUAUAUCAACAAAUCACUACGGCCAAAACUCGACCAAAAUUUGAUCAGCCACCUCCCUUACCACCUCGUUUUCAGCGUCAAACUUCUGAUCCUGUUCACCCUCUGGAUAAAAGCAAUUUCAGUUCCAAGCUUGAAAAAGCAUUGGUCAAUCAAUUUGCAGCUCUGAACUCUCCUGACAACCGAUAUGGACUUGUUCGAGCUAAUACAUUACCUACCAAAACAUCUAAUCAUGUAAAUAAUAAUAAUAAUAAUAAUAGUGUGCCUUAUGACAUAGAAAAGAUCGAGAAGACUGGUAAAGCAGCAUCAACAUCAUCAUCUCCAUCAUCUACAAUGACUGAAUCACCAAAUGGACCUAAAAAGCCACCACGAAAGCCUGCAAAUGAUUCAGAGAUUAUGAGACCAACUGAACAAUUGCAGGAUAAAACUGGGUAUCUGUACAAAACAGGACCAACUCGUAAAACGUUCCAUCAAAGAUGGUGUCUGUUGAAUAAAGAAAAGUUUUCUUACUACCAUGAUGAACCAGUCAGUGAUAGUGGUAAAGAAAUUGAGCCUAAAGGUGUGAUUGAUCUAUCCAACAUAGUAUUGAUUGGAACAACUUUGAACCCGCCUGCAAUUACUACCAAAUCCAGUAAAGGGAUCCCAUGGAGAAAUCAAUCUAAUAGAAAAGAUGACUCUUUGAGUUCUACUAAUAGUAAGCCAGCAGGCUAUGUAGAUAUCGGUGUUUCCAAUUCUUCUGGAAGAAUGUUCCUAUUCGCUUCCGAAUGCCAAGAAGAUAUUGCUGAUUGGAUGGAAGCCUUAGCUCUUCGUGUUGAGCCUCAGAUUCAAGCUAGUCUUGCAGUGUAUCGUGAUUUUACUUUUGCAGGCUAUGUUCACAUGAAACUUGGUAUCUCAGGUACUUGGAUACGGUGUUGGCUAGUUUUGAGAAAUCGUGAAUUGGCCAUUUUAACAGAUUUAGAUGGCUCUGAAUCGGAAAAUUCUAUCAUGACCAUUGACUUGAGGAAAGUCAUGUCUAUUUGUUAUUCUUCAUCUCACCAAAUUACUCCGUGUGCAGACGCUAAAGAGCCUGGACAACCUGUCUACUUGAAUCGUAAUCAUGACACUGGACUUUUUAUUCAAGGAUCUUAUAAAGCUCACACUGAAUUAUUAUACACUCAUUUAACCAAAUCAUGGAUGACACCUGUUAAUGGCUCGUUUAGUGAUCAGUUAUUGACUCCAUCAGGAAUUCCCAUUGCGAUUGAAAAGUGCCUUAAUUUUAUCUGUACCUAUGGCGGUGUAAGAACAAAGGGUAUCUAUAGUACACCUGGAGAAGAAUCAAUGGUUAAAAAAUUAAUUGAACCAUUAAUGUCAAACGCUGUUUGGGAACUCCAUAUCAGACCUGAAGAUGGUUACACUGUACAUGAAGUCGCUUCUGCUCUUAAACAAUACCUCAAGUCUUUUUCGGAAUGCCUCUUAACAGACCUGAUGUAUCCUGAAUGGUGGGACAACAAUUCUAUCAAAAGUCGGGAUAAACGUUUACGUAAUAUAAAAACCAUGUUGAAAAGACUUCCUACAGUUAAUUUUUCCAUUCUCAAGAAACUUAUAUGCCAUAUUUAUUGUAUAAUAGAAAACGCUGAAUUCAAUGAGAUGUUUCUCAUUAAACUUGCUCCUAUCAUGGGCCCCAUUUUAUAUUAUUCAACUUUAAAUCGUUCCUCAACUGAGGAAGCUGUUGCCGUAUCUAUGGAUAUAUUUGCUGACCUGGUAGCUGGAUUCUCGUGGUUAUUUGACGUUUCACCCGAAGAGAUGGAAAAAGAAAGAAAAAUUGAAAAAACCCUGACAACCCUGCGAGAGUCUAAGAUGAUGUCAAAUAAGACUGGUAAUGAUAUCCUAGUAGGUGUUUAUAUGUUUAAUCGUGAUUGGGAUCAAUGCAUAAACGUCCCUUUAAGUCCAAACAUGACAGCUCAAGAAUUAGUCAAUUAUGUUCAUAAAAAGUCAAACCUUAAAAGACCAGCCUCAGACUUGGCCGUUUUUGAGGUUGUUUGCGCUGGUCAAUUGGAGAGAUUUCUCCAUUACUCUGAAGUUGUUAUGUCUGUUAUACUUUCAUGGACCACCAAAUGGCCCUCUGAAGAUGCCAAAGUAAAUUAUUUAAUUGUUAAAGAAAACGACUAUGAGAAUCUAUUGGAGCCUUAUUUUGAUCAAGCUAAUACACGCAGCGGAACAAUUUCCCUUUCUCUGUUUAGUGAACUAAAAUUCAGUGAUAUCCAUUCGGGUAAAGUGUUCAAAAAGUACCUUUUCGAAUUUAUUGGAGCCAAAUUGAGUAUAUACAAAGAUGCAAAGGCCAGCAAAUCCAUAGGCCAAUGGAAUAUUGAAGACAUUGUUUGGUACAUUGGAUCAGAAAGCAAACGUAAUUCACCCAAUCCUAAAUUAAGUUUUACUUUUAUUGAAAGAUCAAGCAAAAUUGUGAGAAGCAAAGAAACCAAUUACAUGGUCGGUCGUACAGUUGUUUGCAAUACCCCUGAUGAAUUUUAUAAAUGGAUUGCUGGUAUGAUUAUCUCACAAUAUCCUAGUGGUUUAAGACCAGCUAAAAAGCUCAUUGACCUGUUGGAUUAAACAAAGUCACGAGGAAUUGUAUCAAAUUAAAAGAUAGGAGAGUGAAAAAAAUCAAUGUAAUAUUUCAAAGUUAUUGGAUAUGGUAAAAUGUUGGUUAAAAGGAAGCAGUUUCAGCAUUACGAUUUAAAAUUACAAAUAAAGUCUAAAACAAAGAUAGAUAAGAAAGAUCCGGAACUUAUUCAACGCCUUCCAUUCCCCGAAUUAUCUAUCUCACUCUUUCUCUCCUUAUUCGUCUUGUUUACCAACCCACCUCAUGAAUCACUGAUUCCUCGAUAACUCAAAUCAUUGUCGCUAUAUUUUCACUUAUAAUCUCUAUUUGCAUCAUGCAUUGUUGCUCAUCGUAUUAUCAAAUAACUUUUUUUCAUCAUUAUUUUCGCAAGCCAUCCAUCAUGUGAUCAAAAUUCCAAGUCACUUCCAUCUUCAUCUGGAUCGAUUAACCCUUCAAAAAAAGUGAAACUAUUUCUUGCUUGAGUCUACCAAUCUGUUGGGCCAGAAAAUGAUUCGAUCCAGAAUUAAACUCCAUGAACUUUAAUAACGUUGCUAUUUUCUGCCUUGAUAAAUUAUAUUAUCUUUAUAUUUUACAAACAAGUUGUACAAAGAAUCAAGAAUGUAUCAUUAAAUCAGACCAAGUGACCUUAAAAAUGAUUAUAUUAAAGAGCCCUAUGAUUUAAAAGACAA